UCUGGUGAGUCAUCACGUACAGAUAUUCGGACGUACUUUCACAAUUGCCAUCAUAAGUUGGAAUGAUUGAGUAGAUCUACACUCUCUACUUUCCCAUUUAAGUCUGGAUCAAUGGCCAUCCCAGGCUGAUGCUGGUACAUCGAGGAUCCUGGCGUGUCAGGUUCCAAACACAACAAACAGUUUGAUAUAAAAAAAGUUGCUCUUUCCUGGCAUGCAUGAUUCCGGGAUGAAAGUCAUCGAGAACUGCUACUGUGGGUGGGAGGGCUUAAGGAUACUUCUUUGCCCAUUGGUCUUGGGAUUAAUCUGAAUGCGACACAAAUCCUCUUUUGGUUUCCAACUUUUGCUGGCCACAGGUUUCAGUGCAAUUGGGCUGGGAUGGGACAGGGGGUGGAACGAGGUACUUUUCGAAUCUCAUAAGUUUGUGGGUGACAGGGUCGCCCAUGUGUUGGCGUUAUUUAACACGAUGAUGCAAAGACUGUCACUUUUGACCCCAUAUCUCGUGACACUUCUAUCUGCUACAUCAAUCUUUUUGUUACAUUACUUAUAUGCAGCUGAGGAUGAACAUCAGGUGAAAUGAUUGAACUGGGAAAGGAAAUAUCGAUCUUUGAGUAAGUUC